CGCACGGGCGCUGGCCAGUUUCCAGACGCUGUGCUUUGCCGAGCGGAGGAGCCUCGUCCUGGAGAGCGACGUCUUUUCACCCGCGACGUUUUCAGCGAAGCACGUGGAAGCCGUACAGCACUGAAGCGAUUCAAGCGAGCGAUAUACUAAAGAUGGACCCCGUGAAACAGGAAGUGGCUGCCACAGCGUCGUCGCGCGCUCCCGGAGACGCGAGUGUGACCCAGGCCAAGCGCACUGUUGACACCAAGCCGCUGGUGCACUACGCCCGAAAGCGCCUGCAAAAGAACCGCUGGCAGAACUGGUGGUCUUGGAUGAGCGAACAGAAGCGCCGCUUGAAGCAGCAGAAGCCGCAGCAGAAGCCGGCCGGCGAGACCCAGUGCAGCGUUUGCGAAAAGCCCACGGCCACCAGGAGCGAAGAGGUGCACCACGCGAUGGACCACGCGUUCGAGCUCCCCUACCGCUGCGAGGAGUGCCACAGGAUGUUCGCGCGCAAGUUCGAACUCGAGUGGCACCUGCGCCAGCACACGGGCGUGCGCCCCCUGCCAUGCGGCCUGUGCCCCGCGGAGUUCCUCAACGGGCGCCUGCUGACCGCCCACCACACCAGGCACCACGGGCUGCGCUCCAAGUGGCACCGCUUCAAGACCAACUGAGCCGAACGCUCAAGCCUUUCUUUUGGGAGCGAACUGCGCUAAACACAGCACGCUAAACGGGAGGACAUUAAUGUACGCCUCGCUGCUCCGUCCCGACGUGCUAUACGUCCCCUUAGCUAUAUAGUAUACAGGAAAUCGACGUCCUCGUAAUGCACUCGGUACUGGCUCCUGCAUUUGAAAAGGUUGCUUGCACUUGAGUGCGGCUUUCAUCGUGACAGGCACCAUGAAAUGCAAGGAUACGACGUCAUCGUAUUAUGUGCCCAGUGCUUAGCACUGUUUGCUCUCAAAAGAUGCAUGACUAGCUCAGCAGGCCUGAUAACUUACGUUUUUUUUUCUGCGUUUCUUGGCUUUGCCACAAGAAGAUACAAAAUACGACUCGCGAACCGUUUUAUUACGAUUCGGUUUGAUAUGUACUCGAUUUCACAUUGUCGACUCAAAUUUGUUUCAAUAAAGUUGGAAAUGUUCCGAA